GACUCAGUCUCACAGGCAGAAAGUGACCAGUGCUAAGCUGCCAACUGUGUCCUAUGACACUGGUCCUGUACCUCUUUCCAGGCCUGCCUUCUAUGACAUUCCAAGGAAUCUGGUAACUUUGGGGGUGAGAGCAUACCCGUUGCUUCCUCAUUGAAACUGUGUGACUACAAGGGAGAAUGCAGCCGUAAAGUGCGCACUUGGAGAAAGAGGUUGACCAUCCCAGAUGGGAGUGUAUCAUUCUUCAGUCAAGGUUAUAUGAUAACUGAGCUCCCCUGCUAGAACCUCCAAACAAACCAAGCAGGACAAACAGAGAAGUAAGAACAGACUUCUUUCAGGACUAGAGAAUCAGAAAGAUGAUAGCUUUGUGAUAUGGUAUUCUGAUGAUACUGCAGCCUCUACUGGUGUCAAAAUAUUAGUCACACUGUGGAAAUAAUGAGAGAAGAAAAAUAGUUGAGAGAGCAGUUUUGUCAGAAGGACUUCUCAGAACGGAUUGAAAUUUUUCUUUCCCAUUGCCAGAGCGAACAGCAAUUUUCACUGCAGAUGCCAGAGUCCUGAGAGAACCAUUUGCUUCACUCUUUGCCAGCACUUUUUCUUUUUCUGUCAUGGGACCGGACAGUGGUUUCCUGAGCACUGGGCUGCUUCAUGUCAUCAUAUGGGGAAGUUUGGCAGCCCUGACCAUGCUCCUGGUUUUCAGUUUUCUCAUCUUUUUAUGUUCUAGUUGUGACAGGGAGAAGAGACCCAAGCAACAGAAUGGAGACCAUGAAAAUCUGAUGAAUGUGCCUUCAGAUAAAGAGGCAUUCAGCCACUCUGUUACGAGUCUGGGUACAGAUCCUCUUGCCAGCAGUGAACAAAAUGGUAGACUCAGUAAUGGUGAUGUCCUCUCAGAAGAUAGCACAACUGCUUGUAUCCAGCCUUAUGAAGAAGUGCAAACUUCUGCUGCAGAUCUGUUGGAUCAUCAGGACAGUCUGGGGAGAUCAUUAAAAUGUCAUCAAAGCAGGGAGCUACCCAGAAUUCCCCCAAAUAAUGCCAUAGAAACUAUGCUGUCAACAAGAACUACAGAAAAUGAUCAUGUUCUGGUAAUGGAGGGGCCCUAUGAAGUCCUGAAAGACAGCUCCUCCCAAGAAAACAUCGUUGAGGACUGCUUGUAUGAAACAGUGAAGGAGAUUAAGGAGCUGGGAGCAGCCACUAAUUCAGACAAAAGCUGCAGUAUCAAACCCAAAGCUACAGUUAUAGUUAAUGGGGGCCUUGAUCAUGUCUCUGAACACAAGAUUGAAUCAGUUGAAUAUGCAUCUGUUGACCGAAAUAAAAAGAGCCGUCAAAGUGCAAAUUCAGAAAGUCCUCUUAGCAACACUCCAGAAAUGGAAGAUGAAGCUCCACCUCCAGUACCUGUGAAGCUCCUAGAUGAAAAUGAAAAUGUCCAGGAGAAGGGAGCCAAAGUGGAGGAAGAGGGGACAGAUGGCCCUAGUGAACCUGACAAGAGGCUUAGUUCACUGUCUUACAAAUCCCGAGAAGAAGACCCAUCUCUUACAGAAGAUGAGAUUUCAGCAAUGUAUUCAUCCAUAAAUAAACCAGGGCAGGUCACAAGACAGCUGGAAUCUACAUACACCAGUAUCCCUGAAAUUGUACCUCAGAAAUCACCAUCUAUUUGCAGUGGGCUGUAUGCUAGUGUGAAGGACUUGGAAAAUGCCCCAAACCAUAUCUCCACACCUCACUCAUCAGACAGACUAAAUGGGGAGUUAGAGUCGGACUAUGAAGCAAUUCAGACUUUAAGUCACGAGGAAGACAGAAAUGUUUCAGUGCCUAACACCAGCCAAUCGGAUUUCCCACAAGAGAGUGAUUAUGAGAGCAUUGGAGACUUGCAGCAAAACAGAGAUGUCACCAGGCUUUAAUGGCACUUAAUAUGAGGCCGCUGGGGUUGUCCUACUGGCACUUGUCUCAAGGCUUAGCAAUGUGACUCUGAACUGAGGCAUUGAAAAGGUUUUUCUGUUUGUCUGAGGUGAUGUCAGGUGAUACAAGAGCUCUGUCUAUGGUGUUUGACCUGUGAUGGCUGUUUCAUGUGAGUAAGUCAUCUUGCACAUGUGAGCUUGCCUUGUGAAGCAUGAAGAAGGCUAUUUUCUCCUCUUGAAGAACAGAAAUAGAGAAGAGGAAAAGUCAAGUAGAACCUACAAGCUAAAAAGGAAAUCUGUGCAUGUUUUGCCAAGUUGUACAAUGCUAUUUGCCUUGUCUUGUAUGCGAGAUAAUUCAAAAUGAAAGUUUAAAGUACUGAGAGAACCAGUACUGAGUGCCAUUUAUGUCAUCAGCAAAAUAUACACAUAGAGAAA